UAAUGUUAAUAUACAGCUUUCAAUGUACAGAUUUCAACACAAGUAGGCUAAUGUGAAUAUACAGCUUUCAGUGCACAUAUUUCAACAGCAGCUGUAGUCCAUAAGUAUCUCAGUAAAUUGUAUUAGACAUGAACAUGACACACGUCAUGCAGCUUUUUUCGUUGGUUACGUUUUAGAGUAAACAUUGCCGCGGUGAACCGCAUUUGACUGUUCCUCUUAAACACCGGACAUAUUAACAUGAGGAACUAGACGAAGUAUCAGCUGCAGUGACACUGACACAAUGAUAUGACUGCACUCGUAAUUCUUAGCAGGCAGGAAUCAGACCGACUAGAUAGGUGGCCUAACGUUCCCUGUGGCUGCAGUAAACUCGUAGCCUAAUUUCUAGUAGAUGUCAGCGUGGAUAUGUAACAUUUUCGAACACUUUUAAAACAUCUAAGAGAACUGAGAAGACAGCUAUGGACCAAGAUGACAGUCUCUUUCCCCGUGUUACAAGAACUUUUUGGGCAGCGUGGGCCUACAUCACGACCUCUGUGGUCAGAUUUCUGAGAACAGAAGCUGACGCAGAAAGCCCCAAUAGCCUCCCUGGUCACGAAGAUGAUGUUGCCGUAGAGACAGUCAGCCAGAAGUGUGAGGAAGAGCAUCCUGAGCGGGGAACGACAGAGACUGAGAUAGCUGUGGGGUCACCCAUGCUCACAGAGGUGCGCAGCCACGUACCCACAGUCAAGUGGCAGAAGCAGGAGGGUGCCACUGGUUGUCAUGACGAGGAAACAAAUGUUUACAGCGUGCAUUACUCCAAAACUAGUGACGCAGAGAGAGGUCUGGAGGGUGAGGAACCGGAACAAGUGAGUUUUCAUAAGCAAGAUGAUCGUAAGCAAGACAUUGCUGCUGAGAGUGGGGAACACGAGAAGAAGCACAUCCAGCAUGCCACCGGAAGUGAGGAUCGUCACAGAGAGACCCUGGACAUCACCUUGAGCCCAACAGAGCAUGCCACUGGAAGUGACAGCAAGCUUGGCACACUGAUGGAAAAGGUGGAUGAAACAUUGAGAACCAAGGCCAAAGGUUUAGUGAUGAGUGGCGACUCUGCGGCGGGGGAUUCUAGGAUUGAGGGAGGAAGUGAGCUCCGUGACUCUGAGGGAGUGCACAGUGUUGUCAGAGGCCGGGAAGACUCACAGGAGGAGGAGAUGAUGAUGAUGAUGAUGAUGGAGCAGAAAUUAGAUUCUGGGGAUGAUGCAGGAGCACCUCAGACCAUUGGCACCCAUACAGAAGAAGACGCAGUAGUGUUCAAUGUCACCCUCACUGAGCUAAGCGCACCACUGUCAAACGCCAGCCCUACCCACCAGGAAGUGGCAGUGACUGAUGCCACCCUUAAAGACCAAGACAAACCACUGCCCAUCGCCACCUUCACAGACCACGAAGAGGAAAUACACACAUUAAGCCGUGGACAGGAGGAGGUGGCAGUGACGUCAUCGGUUGAAUGUGUAGAUGAGGUGGUAAAAACACAGGAAGUGGAUGGUGAAAACUAUGCAGAGGUAUCUGUGGCCAACUUCACCUCUCUAGAUCAAGUAGACAGCGUACACAAUAGCCUGAGGGAAGAUCAGGAGCUGAUUUCGCCUCAAUCUGUUGAACAACCAAUGACUGUAUGGUAUUACAAAGAGGUGGAAGAAGAUGCAGAGGCAUCUGAAAAUGAAGAGUGUGAAGGUGGGCUACAAGAGGAAGCAGAGAGAUCAGGAGGCCAAAGGACUGAGGUUCCUGCUGAUGAUAAACAUCUAUGUGAAACAUCAGAGGAGGCUGGGAAGGAAUUAGCUGAUGAAGAUAAUCAAAGAGAUCUAGAGGAACUAGGGUUAGAAGGCCAGGUCACUGAAGAUGAUGACCAAAAAGCAGGGGACCAGGAUGAGGAGGAGAUGAUAGAACAGGAAUUAGUUUGUGCAAAUGACCAAAAUAGACUUGAAGUAGAGCCACUACAAGGCCAAAUCAAAGAAGAAGAUGACACGGAAGAAACUAUUCCUGCCAAACAUAUGUGUGAAGAACAGGAAGAGAACAGCUCUGAGGAAGAGGAAGACUAUGGAGAUGGAGAGAAGGAAGAGAGCACAUGGAGAGACGACGCAGCAGUAAUGCUACAGGAUUCUCCACUGGCAGCAGAACCAGUCAUUGUGACAGACACGACUCUAGCCAUUUCAGAGAUGUGUGAAGAGGACCUGCUGAUGGUUGGACAGUACACACAGGAAAUGAGCGCAAAUGCACAGGAAACCAUGGAUGGCGCAAGUGAGGUUACUAAUAUUGCCAUUGACCACAGCGUGGAGGAACAGAGACCACGGAAAGCAGAACCAUUUAGCGAGGAGGCGGAGGAGGAACACAAAGAUGAGUUUGAAGACUUGAGACCUGCAGAGGAAUCAGAAGAUGAGGGGGUCUCCAUUAAACCCGAUGACACGGAGGUCCAGGAAGCACACGGAGGAUGGGAUUCCAAGUCAAACUCUGAAGAAGAAGGCGACAAUGAUUUCAAUGAAGACUUCACAUCCUCGAUCACAGAGGCCAGUGAUGCAUUACUGUACCAUGCAGAGAUACCAGAGUUGGAGUCUAUGGAGGCAGGGACAGAGGCCUCACUGCUGAGGGAGGAUGCAGACGCAACAACCACAGAGGAAGAGUAUAUUGAGGCAGGGACAGACGCUUUACUCCAGAUGGAGGAUGCAGACACAACAACCACAGAAGAAGUUAUUAGCGUAGCCAGCAAACCCGAAGACUCAGAGUUAGACAUGCUAAGGGAAUCACAGAUGGAAUCUCUGGAAUCCGGAAUAGCUGCAGGAUCAGGUCACACUGAACAUGAUCACACACCUGACAUCCUCCGUAAUAAUCGUGACGGCAUCAUGGCUGACCCUGGGUUUGUGAAGGAGACCUCUGGAAUGGUCAUGCCACGUGAUGCACCUGAAGACAUAACUCCAGAAAAUUCAGAUUCAGAAAGGGAACACAAUCUUUCAGAGACGUCUGAGUCUAUGCCAGAGUCUGAAUCAAAACACAGACUGCAGGAGGAAGCAGAGCACAAGAUGAAGAGGCAAUUAUCUAAUCAAUCAAAUUCAUCAGAUGAAGGCAGGGAAUUGGAGAUCAAGGGAUUGACCACCACAAUAUUCACAGAUGAAAAGCAAAGGAUGGAGUCCGAAAGUAAACUAUAUGGUGAUGUGGUGAUGGGUUCAGAACGUGUCGAUGUGUCGAUGGACAAUAGUAAAUUAAUAAGUGGUAAUAUGGAUUCUGAGGCUAAAUGUAUUGAGGUAACAGAGGAACAAAUAAAAGAACCGGAGAAAGACAUGGUGGAGGCCAGCGGAACCACAGCCCCAGAGACCGGGAUGGAGAUUGACCCGCAACCACAGCCCGACUCAGAGAACACAGCGCCGAUGUCUCAGGAGGAUGUGGAAGGGGAGGAUGACAAAUUAUUAAAGCAAACAGAAGGUUCCAGUGCUUUAUCGGAGAAGACAGACCCUAAUAAAGGCGCACCACAAAAAGAAGGGAAUGGGACUGAAAGCACUUUAGUAAAGGGGAUCGCAGGGAUGGAGUCGGAGUCGGACUUUCACUCUUCAGAGACUAAUGCCGUGUCAGACGGAUCACUGCGCCUGGGACAGGAGGUGAUCAAAGGAGAAGAAGCAACAUCUGAGGCCCCUCAGAGACAAGCAGACACCAACACACUGUGGUCAGACCAACAGAUCCUUACACCAGAGGCAGACACCAACACACCGUGGUCAGACCAACAGAUCCUUACACCAGAGGCAGAUACCAACACACUGUGGUCAGACCAACACAUCCUUACACCAGAGGCAGACACCAACACACUGUGGUCAGACCAACAGAUCCUUACACCAGAGGCAGACACCAACACACCGUGGUCAGACCAACAGAUCCUUACACCAGAGGCAGAUACCAACACACUGUUGUCAGACCAACACAUCCUUACACCAGAGGCAGACACCAACACACUGUGGUCAGACCAACAGAUCCUUACACCAGAGGCAGAUACCAACACACUGUGGUCAGACCAACAGAUCCUUCCACCAGAGGCAGACACAGGAGAACCCCCAGAGCUGUCUGAGUGCUCCAUGGAACAAAAAGCACUGAAGGAGUCAGUUGUGGAGCCACAAGCUCCACAGAGCAUUAACCCAGAGUCUGAGAGCGAAUGUGAUGAGAAGAUACUUGAAGGCACCGGCAAGACUGAAUCCGGGGGGUUGUGUGAAACGGGAUCCAUCAGUAGUGAUGAGGACGAACAGCACAGAGAGAAUGCUGCAAAAAUGAACUUGAUAUGGGAACCGGCAGAAAAUAAAAGUGAAGUACUGGAAGACAAGGUAGAAAAUGAAUCUGAAUCAGUGAUGGAGAUCGUAACAGACAUGACUGGAGAAAUAGAGUUUGAAACAGCGCAAGAGGGAAGAGCUCGGAUGCCAGUAGCAGAACAGGAUCAUAUGGAGGACGACAUACAAGAGGCUUUACCAGAAGAAGAAGACAUGGCAGAAUUAAAUGGUAAACCAGAUGUUCAACACAUGGCAACCAUGAAGGCAGAGAGCGAAGAAACAACCAAACUGGAUGGGAGGUCAGUGUUGAAAAGAAAAUUUGAAAAUGUCACAACAGAGGAAGAGGCACUCGCAGAUGAGCCAGACCACACACAGCCUCUGGAGGAAUUAUCAGCAGGGGACUUCAGACUGCAGGUGUCCUCUUUGGACUUCUCAGUCCAGAAGUCUCGCAUAGCGGUGAAAAACCCCCUGGUCCGACCUCCCAAAGACCCGCGCACCCUCCUGAAUCUGCCCUCUCUGGAACCCACGCCCAGAGCGGCAGAGGCCCCCCCAGGCCACCCCGGCAAAAAGGUUCCCAUGUUCGGAGUCCCACUGGGAGGUCUCGGGGUAAUGGGGGUCAAACUGCCCGGACUAGGAGCUGGGUUUCCUGUGUUGAGAAAAACAAAUCAAGAGGCAAAAGAAGAAAAGAAGUCAGAAGGCUCCCCAGCACUGCAGACAUCUGAAACAGAACAGAGGCGGACAGAGGAUGCAGCCGAAGAGGUUCAGACACAGAGCAAACCCAAGUGGACGCCGCCAAAGCAUGCCGUAGGGAUGGGGAACCCUUUCAUGAUGGCUGAGCUGAAGGGCAAACUUAAGAAGACUCCCAAAGAAUAAGAGGAUGACCAAUGGCUGGAACUAAUUACACUGAAGUUUAACUUAAUGUCAGGUUGUUGCUGAGUGGUUUUCACUCGGGCAAUCUAUUGGUCAUCAUCAGUUAUAUACUGAUAAGCUGUGUAUUGUUUUCAUGAGUGAUUUCAUGGCUUUUAAUUCCAAUGAAUCAUAUAUACAUUAUAAGUGCUAAAUGGUUGCAAAUUGGUGGAAUCCAUGAUUAUACAUAUUCAACUAUGAACUGAACUUUAUAAGCUGGGAAGAACUGUAAAGCGAACUUUAAAUAAAUAAUGUGAAAUAAAA